AUGUCGCUUGAUAUCAAACCCACUGAACGGUCCACGGAGGUGGAAAAAAUUCCCGAUGUGCCCCUAUCUUCUGACGAUGCCGUUCUUCGAGCCCAAGGCCACCGGGCCGAGCUGAACCGGUCCUUUUCAUGGGUAGGGGCGAUUGGAUUUGCCUUCAGCAUUUCCAACGCCUGGCUGGGUUAUGCCGCAACUGUGGGGUCCGCCUUGCUAUAUGGCGGCGGUCAAACAGCUCUAUUUGGCCCUGUUGUUGCGGCAGUGGCGACUACAAUCGUCUUUCAGGGUCUUGUGGAGUUAUCUUCCGCAUUUCCGUCUUCGGGGGGCCAAUAUCACUACACCUACAUCAUGGCCCCUAGUUCUAUCCGGAACUUCCUGGCCUACUUGGUAGGUAUUUGUAGUAUCCUGGGAUGGUGGAUGGCCCUGGCGUCAGGAACCAUCAUCGUGGCAACCUCGACAUUUGGCGUUGUAGCGUUCUGGUAUCCAGACUUUGAACGUCAGCAAUGGCAGGUUUAUCUCUGCUAUGUACUGACCAUUGUGUUGAGCUUAAUCCCUGUAUUUGUCAUCCCCCAGAAACGCGUAGACCAUAUGGUCAACACGGCCAUGGCCUUGUCUAUCUUUGGCUUCGUCGCUGUCAUUAUCACUUGCUUGGCUAUGGGCAAGGGUAAUUACCACCCCGAGAUGAUGACCCAGUAUGACGGUGCCAGUGGAUGGUCAAGAACCCCUGCCUGGCUGUUAAGCAUUAACCUCGGUCAGUAUGCCUUUAUGGGCAAUGGGGCUGUCACUCAUAUUGCUGAGGAGAUGCCGCGACCUGGACGAAACCUCCCUUUAGUAUUAAACAUGGCCCAACUCAUAGGCGUCAUCACUGCCAUUCCGUGGACAAUGGUCGUGCUCUGUGGAGUCCAGGAUAUGCAUGCUGUGCAGAACUCGUUUUUUGCUUCGAUGGAGAUGUUUUACCAGUCUACUGGAAGCAAGACGGCGGCUACGGUAUUGCAAUCCUAUCUGAUCCUUCUUUAUUACUCUUGUCUCCCCAGUCAAUGGAUAACAAGUAGUCGAAUCGCCUGGGCGUUCUCACGCGACGCCGGCCUCCCCGUUUCCUCCUACUGGAGCCAUAUCUCCCCAAAAUACAAGAUUCCCGUGCGCACCACAUUCCUGACCGCCGUCUUCUGUCUUAUCUACGGCCUCCUCUACAUCGCCAGCACCGACGCUUUCAACUCCAUCAUCAACAUGUCCUUCAUGUUUCUGACCUUCACUGGGGCAGCUGUCGCAGUCGGUGUGUUCGUGUUGGUGAUGAUCCUGUGGGUAGAAAGGAGGAAGAAGUUCGCUGGGCCGAACAUCGAUUGGGAUAUGUUGAAGAGGGCAUUGGAGUAG